GCCAUGGAAACCCAUUCAAUGAAGCUCUCUACACACUGUUGUUGGGCUCAUCUGAAGGCCACACCAAGUUUGGAGUUCUUUAGCUAUUGACUCUGUAGACAGUUGAAGCAGCCUGCAUGCCUAGGGGCUUGAUGGUAUCCACCUGUGUCCAUGGAGGGGAUUGGAACACCCGAAUCACAUGAUAUGGAGGGGAUUGGAACACCUGAAUCACAUGAUUGGGAGGGCAGGGCCAAUACUUUUGGCAAUAUAGUGUAUAUACAGUCCAGGCACCUCUCCUGUGACUGUAUAAUAUGGGCACACAUG